AUGUCCUUUUUCCAAUCCUCUGUCAACCCAGAUGCCGAGUGCAUUAUGGGCACAUUCCUUGCUCUUGUCGUUGAGCUCGACCAGCUCUCGGCAAUCAUUCCGGAGGAGGACACUCCCUUCCUCGACAAGGAAGAUAACUUCUCCUCUUGCCAGAAGGAGGUGAAGGAGAAGGGUGUGACUCUCCCAAUGUCCGGCAAAAUCGCUGCAAAGGGCGAUGCCUGCAUUGCCGCCCUUCCGAAGGUUCAAGACACGGUCCCUGCAAUGAAGGAGGAGGCUGCUAAGCAGGCCGAGGCAAAGGCUGUGGAGGAGGAACGGGUGAGGCUCGCGGAGGAGGAACAGAAGAGGUUGGCGAGGAGGACACUACAGGCACCGGAUGAGGAGGAGAAGGAGUCGUCUGAGGAGGAGGAGGAGGGGGAAGACAGUGACGUGGAAGCAUCGGGCGACCGGUUUGUCCAUCCUAAGACAGGUCGCAUGUCGACCAAAUCUACGCCGGCAAUCCGGUACUCUAAGCGGUGCACUCGCUGCGAGCGGCAGAACUCCACCUGCUUUGGUUUGGCAGGCCAGAGUUGCCAAGCGUGCAAGAGAGCACACAUCCGGUGCGAGUACAGCACCACUCCACCUAAAGGCAAGAAGGCUGUGGCGGCAACUCUGGCGCUGGUCGCUGGGCCUUCUUGCCCUGCAGCUGUUCCGGUGGCGUGGGCCAUCUCUAUCUCGGAGGACGAUCGCGUCGCGCCUUGCCCAGUCGCAAGAGGCUCAAAGAGGAAGGCUGUGGAUGCAUUGGAGGAGGAGGUGGAGACUUUGGAUGAGGUGGACGAGGCUUUGCAGAAGCAGUUCAAGGUGAUGGAGGCCAAGUGUAUUCAGGCGGAGGGAUAG